AUGAAACUGCCCAAGGGGUCCAGGAACUCUGUGUUCUAUGGGCAGCACCCAGAGAAGAAGGUGCAGGUGCCCUCAUGGAAAGAGGUGAAGCAGACCCCUGUGAUCAUGGCGAUGAUCAAAGGUCCGGGGCCUGCCAAGUACUUGCGGCCAUCCUGCACAGGCUACCUAGGCCAUGACAGCUCCAUGUUCCAGGAGCCAGCCUGCACUCUGCACACUCAGCACUCAGAGAAGCGGAUAAUGGACAUAUGCAACCCUGGGCCUUGCUAUUUCCUGAAUCCUAAAAUAACUCGGGUUGGACUGUCCAGCUGCCCGCAGAUCCCCAUGGCGGAACGCAUCUCUAACCUGUGCCUGAGCUCCACCCCAGCCUCCUGCCACUACUGCUUGGAGAAGACCCACCCCCCUGGAGAACGCAGGGCUCCGCAGUACACUUUCGGCUACCGGUGCCCAUACAGAGUAAUGGACCCCAACCCGGCCCCCAACCACUACCAGCUGCCACUCUUGCUGGGGCCCAACAUCCCCAUCAACCGAGCUGCUCCUUGCUAUAGUUUGGCCUCCACAGACAACAACUGGUUCUACAAGAAGAACGUGGCAGGAGGUCCUGGGCCAGCCAUGCACACCCGCCCUGAGCCAUCUGUCUACCAGAACCGCAGCCCCAUCUACAGCAUGGCCAAGCGCUUUGCCUGCCCAAUGGACGAUACACCUCAGCCUGGACCGGGUUCCCAUGAUGUCCAGCUGGUUACAGUACACAAGCCCCGCACACCUGCUUUCACCAUGGGUGUUAAACACUCACCCUACCUGUGCCCGCUGGUCAUUGACAUUCACAACUGA